UGUUCGUUCUCACCUGCUUCCGAUUAUCAUAUCUCUCACUCUUCCCGUACAAUAGCUCAACUUCUCAACUCUCAACUCUCCCUCCGCUCGGCUCAGCCAUGCACAACGCGGACCACUCCCUACUCUCACUCUCACUCACAACCCUCGUACUCUUCCUUCUCGUCUCAGCCCAAGAAGACCAUCAACAAGACACGCCCAUCGCUCGCUUCCAACGCUACCUCCGAAUCAACACCGCCCACCCCAACCCGGACUACUCCCCCGCCAUUUCCUUCCUCAAAUUACAAGCCCAAUCCAUCCAACUCCAAGCCCGAGCAAUCGAGUUCACCCCAGGCAAGCCCGUACUCCUCCUCACCUGGCCCGGCUCCAACCCCUCCCUCCCUUCCAUCCUCCUCAACUCCCACCUCGACUCCGUCCCCGCCGAGCCCUCCAAAUGGGUUCACCCGCCCUUCUCCGCCGUCCGAUCCCCUGAUGGCAAGAUCUUCGCCCGCGGGGCCCAGGACGACAAGUGUAUCGCCGUCCAGUACCUCGAGGCCAUCCGGAACCUCAAGGCUAAGAACUUCGUGCCCAUCCGCACCGUCCACGUGUCCUACGUGCCCGACGAGGAGAUCGGCGGGGUCGACGGGGCCGCCAAGUUCGUCGCCUCGAAGGUGUUCGAGGAAUUGCGCGUCGGGUUCGCGUUGGACGAGGGGCAGGCCUCCCCUGGCGACGAGUUCAGAGUUUUCUACGCCGAUAGGUCUCCAUGGAGCCUGGUGAUCAAAGCCGAGGGCACGCCUGGGCACGGGUCGAGAAUGUACGAUAAUACCGCGAUGGAGAACUUGAUGAAGAGCGUUGAGGUUAUCUCUAGGUUUAGGGGCAGUCGGUUCGAUGUGGUUAAGGCUGGGGUAGCGACCAAUUCGGAAGUUAUUUCCAUUAAUCCUGUUUAUGUAAAAGCUGGGAUUCCUUCCCCCAAUGUAAGUGGAUAUAACCUGUGUAGCUCAAGCCUCAAAAUUCAUCUGCUGAUUAUCAACGGUGAUGAGUGUUGA